UGUCGUGUCCAAGCCGAAAAAUGAUCGAAAACCCUUACGAAGCGGCCAGUGUCGGAUAAAUCGUGAGAUAUACACGGUGUUAUCGAGAAAACUGCUCGACGCGGUGUGUUCUCGCGAGUCGCUAAAAGAAUGUUUGUGGUUGCCGAAUAUUCGGCCGAUUGAGCACGAGAAGGGAUCUCGGCGUGAUGAAGAGAGAGCAGACGAAUCUAGCGGUGUUCGUCAUUCUACUCGGUCUCGAGUGACAGUUGCUUACGUAACGGAUUAUUCUCGCUAUGAUAACGAUAUUCCAGCCGCGGACGCGAAACAAGAAACUAUUUUACCGGGUUAUACGCGGCGCUGGCCAACAAUCCGCUAGAAAUAAGCAUCGCGACUGACCUGAAUUUUCCACUGUCUCUUGUCGCGAUAUCGCGUACCACGCCACUCUUCGACGUUGGGCUCUCUGUUAUCUUUGUCUCGAACUCGCCGGAAAACCAUAUCGUAGCUUUUCUCGGUCAAAUGAAAUUAUGACAGCGGUGCUCGUCAUGGAAAACGUGAAUUGGGAUCCUGCGUUGUCGAAGCUCCUGAAUUCUCUGCAGGAGAACAAGAACGAGAUACCGAGCUGUACCGAAGAGGAAUUUGGAUUCCUCAGCGAUUUGCUGCAGUCGAAGGAGUUGAACGCUUUGGUGAACGUUCACAAUAAAAUUGUGAAUAAUGUCAAGGACGACAAAUUCUUCCCGGUGCUCUCGAAUUCUAUGGACAUUGACAUCGAGGUUUUAGACAUGCUGUCUACCAAAACGCAUUUGUCGAAGGAGUGCAAGGAACUCUUUCAUCUCCUCCAAAAACCCCACAUACAGGGUUUACUGUGUGCCCACGAUUCGGUCGCCCAGAAAGACUACUAUCCCCGACUGCCGGAAAUUCCUCUGGAAGUCGACGAGGACGAGGAGACCGUGAAGAUCGUGCAGCUGGUCAAGUCGAACGAGCCCUUGUGUGGCACUGGCAUUGAACCGAUCGUGGGGGCGACGAUAAAAACGUGCGAGCUCACCGGCAAGAUCAUGAUUGCGCGAAUAAUGCACGGCGGCGCGGCCGAUAGAUCCGGCCUCAUUCACGUCGGUGACGAAGUCUGCGAGGUCAACGGCAUCAGCGUCGAAGGAAAAACUCCGGACUGCGUUCUUAAAAUACUGCAAAAUUCCGAGGGUACGAUCACGUUUAAAAUAGUCCCUGCGGACAGUAAGGGCGGUAUUCGGGAGAGCAAGGUGCGAGUGAGAUCGCACUUUUCGUACAAGGCCGCCGACGAUCCUUACACGCCUUGCAAAGAAGCUGGACUAGACUUUGUCAAAGGUGACGUCCUCCACAUCGUCAGCCAGGAUGACGCUUAUUGGUGGCAGGCUAGGCGCGAAGGGGAUCGAAAUACGAGAGCUGGCUUGAUCCCCAGUAGAGCUCUUCAGGAAAGACGAAUUAUUCUCGAGAGACAACAGAAGGAAAAGACCGAUGACGACGAUAUAAGCUUGUGUUCUGUUCCAGUGCCUUUGCCUUCAUUGUGCCCCCGUCCCAGUACCUCUUUGCACGCCUCGCCUACAAAGUGCAACUUGCAGGGAGUAAAAACUAAAAAAAUCAUGUAUGACGCUGCAGAGAACGACGAUUUCGACCGGGAAGAAAUACCGACCUACGAAGAGGUCGCGAAGCUCUACCCGAGGCCGGGUCUAUAUCGACCCGUGGUUCUGAUCGGGCCACCGGGAGUUGGCAGGAACGAGCUCAAGAGACGGCUCAUGGCCACCGAUCCCGACAAGUACAAGACGCCCGUGCCUUAUACCUCGAGGCCACCGAGACCGGGCGAAGUCAACGGCAAAGAGUAUCAUUUCGUGAGCCGUGAAAAGAUGGAGGAGGAAAUCAUCGCGGGAAAGUUUAUAGAGUACGGGGAAUACAAGGGUAACUUGUACGGUACCAGUUCCGAGAGCGUCAGCUCGUUGAUAAACGCUGGAUACGUGUGCCUGUUGAACCCGCACUAUCAAGCCCUUAAGAUGCUUCGAACACCGCAGACGAAACCAUACGUAAUAUACAUCAAACCACCGAGAUUCGAAAUAUUGAAGGAAACAAGGAGCGAUGCCAGGGCAAGGUCGACCUUCGACGAAAGCAAUUCGCGUGGUUUCACGGACGAGGAGUUUCACGAAAUCCUGCACAGCGCAGCCAGGAUAGAAUUUCUCUACUCUCAUCUGUUCGACGAAGUGAUAGUAAACGCUGACCUCCCCAUGGCAUUCGAGCAACUUGUCAACGCGGUUCAUCGAGUGGAGUCGGAACCGCUCUGGGUACCUGCAUCGUGGGUUCAAUAAAUUUUGCUUGGAUUAAGGUCACGAAGAAGCAAGAAUCGAACGUGUUUGGAAACGUUGCGCGUUCUUACGACACUUUACGAUCGACGAUGCUUUCCUUCAAAUUUUUUAGUAAAACGCAUUCGUAUUUUCUCGUCUACUCUUCUAUGCAUUUCGAGUUGACUACUACUCCCAAACAAUACCCACGCCUUUCUAUCUGUAGACAUGCGUAAGUGUGUUUUGGUACCUUGAGAAUUUUUCUAUGUUAGAUAUAAAUCGUUCUCCGCUGGUUUGGUUGUCGGCAUAACGGCAACGCUUGGACGAGAGAGGUAGAAAGAAAAGGUUGUCGAAUACUCUUUCGAGCUGCCUCGUUUUCCAGCGAUUAAAUUAAUCGUUUCGCCUUUGUUCCUGAAUCAACUCUGUGUUUAAUGCGUGAUCUUAGAAUCCUUACUGCCACCAACGUUGCAAUCGACAGAAGCUUCUCGUGACGUCCGACGAUGGCGACGACGAAGCAGUUGCAAUGACUCCGAUCUUGUUGCGUAUUGUCGCACGAGCGAGGAGUAUUCGUGAGUGGCGAUGUUUAAAGAUAUAUUAGGAAGGACACGUGAACCGUGUCAAACUUCUUACGUAAUUUUGGGAUCAACGAUUACAAAUGGUAUCGCCUCGUCUAAGAAAGAAUCGAGUGCAAUCUGGAGAUUUCUGGGCAUUGUAAUCGACGAGUACGGAUAUGCUGCUACCACGGAUGACCUUUGAUCCCAAUUGUUGUUGAUUGUUGCCAAAUAUAAGUAUCGUACCUAGAUCCACAGUGGGACGUGUCUCACGAUUAUUGUAUUUUCCACUCGAUCAGCAUUGCCACGAUAUCGCUAUUUUUUUCAUAAUUAAACGGCUGCCAGCGCGAGGAAAAUUUAUGCGCGCUAUCGCGUCGGCGUUGCAUUAAAUAGUUCAUCCUCGAUGUAAACUCUGUAUGUUACCGAAAUAUAGCAUUACACUUUGAAAAUA